AAGCAUUUUUGUACAAGCUAAGCCACUCCACCAAGUCAGAGAAGAAAUGAAACGAAAUGAAUUAAAUUGAGCAUCCACCAUUCAUUCAUUUAUGGACUCUUAAAGAUCCACCUCCAACAUUCCUUCUUCUAUCUGCCAUUCUUUUCCCUCUUCAAUUCCGACUAGUUAAAGUUAAUUGAUUAGAUGGGUAAGGAAAAUCUGUCGCAAACGAAGACUGGUGGAAUUAGCAAUGAAGUGGGCUCUCUUGAGUCUCAAGAUUCAGAGAGGUACUCACGUUAUAGUGUAGACAAGGAGGCAGGCUUGGCAACUUGCCGUGUGUGCCAAUGUGCUGAAUCUGACAAAAGAGGAGAUGGUGCAUUAGGCUUUUUGGGUAUUACUGUUCCUUUGCAAGAAUCACUUAAAAGCAAUGGAGAAAUACAACCUGAUGUCAAACAAGUGCAAAAAGAUGGUGAAAGUGCCAAAAAUGUUGGGAGAGAAUCUGGUUUUGUUGAGUUCAUAAGCCCUGAUGGGGAAGUUUUCGUUUGUAAUGCCGAUUUAGAAAUGGGUACAUGUAACAGCCAAGACGCUCUAAUUGAACUUGGUUGUUGUUGCAAAAGUGAUCUUGCUUUGGUACACUAUGCGUGUGCCCUUAAAUGGUUUGUUAAUCAUGGAUCCACUGUUUGUGAAAUCUGUGGGCAUGUUGCAAAAAAUAUCAGGAUUGCUGACUUUAAAAAGGUUGUGGUUUCAUUAAAGGAUUAUGAAGCAUUAAGAGAAAGGACUGCCAGUGGAGAACCGAGUCCUGCUCAGGUGCAUACAAGUUCAGUUGUUGAUCCUGAUGCUGUUGCUGCUAUCAGAAGGCAACGGCUAAGUGAGAUUUCAUUGUGGUUUAGUCCACAUGGUCAUAAUAUUCAUCAUAAUAGUAACUCUAAUGCAGUUUCUCAGUUUGUUUCUGAACAACCUUUGAAUACUGUUACUGAAGAGGUGGUCACUGCUGAAAAUCCUGCAACAAAAUGGGCUGUGGAAGGUACUGGGAUCUUGCUUGCUACUGGCCUACUUACUGUCACUCUUGCAUGGCUCAUUGCUCCUCGUGUUGGAAAGAAAACUGCUAGAAGCGGUCUUCAUAUUCUCCUCGGAGGCAUUUGUGCUUUAACUGUUGUGGUCUUCUUUCGCUUUGUAAGUAGCUUAAAUUCUAUUUCAUUUGGUUUUGCAUCUUCCAAGCAUAGUUUAGUUUUAUUGGACUCUGUAUGGGUUUACACAUAUGAUUGCUAACAUUUUAUUGGCUCCUUGGGGUUACUUACUGGGAUAUUAUAUCCCAUGAGCUUCCUUGCUACCAAGGUUUUAGGGUUGAGAAGUAGCCCCUAGUUUAGAUUACAGUAAACAUAUAAGGAAGGUCAAGGAAUCUUUCGGUAUGAGAAAAGAAAGGAAUGUGUGACCAAGGUUUUGCUGCUAAC